UGUACAUUUCCUUACGUAGCUUGUUGUCCGUUGCUAUCAACCUGCCGCAACUUCAUGUGUGUUUAGUCACUCAUGCAUAUGUCAUUUUUAGAUAAAUUAUACGUUAGCAGUCUGCGACAAUUAAGUAAUCAAAGCGUUAAAAUUAAGCUGCAUUUUUUUUUUUUUUCGUGUUAACUGCAUGCGGGUUGGUCUCUAGUCGAGACAGUCAUUGCCCGUUUUUUACCCCUGUGGUUGCGGUCUGGCCUUAGCCGCGGCUGCGAAUCAGCUUAAUCUUUUCUCAAUAUCGUCCUGCAUUGAAACAUGUUUAUUUUAUAAAUAUGACGGUGAGAGGGACCCUGUAAACUAAAUGACUGUCAGAAAUAUCGCCUCCAUUUGUAAUAUGGGCACCAAUGCCUCUGCUCUGGAGAAAGACAUUGGUCCGGAGCAGUUCCCAAUCAACGAACACUACUUUGGAUUGGUCAACUUUGGCAACACGUGUUACUGUAACUCGGUGCUUCAGGCCCUGUACUUCUGCCGGCCCUUCCGGGAGAACGUACUGGCCUACAAGGCCCAGCAGAAGAAGAAGGAGAACCUGCUCACGUGUCUGGCAGACCUCUUCCACAGCAUCGCCACCCAGAAGAAAAAGGUGGGAGUCAUCCCGCCCAAGAAGUUCAUCUCACGCCUGCGCAAGGAGAAUGACCUGUUUGACAACUACAUGCAGCAGGACGCCCAUGAGUUCCUCAACUACCUGCUGAACACAGUGGCAGACAUCCUGCAGGAGGAGAAGAAGCAGGAGAAGCAGAACGGCCGCCUCAAGAACAACGGCACGGCCGUCACCACGGAGACGGAGCCCGAGAACAAGCCCACGGAGCCCACCUGGGUGCAUGACAUCUUCCAGGGAACUUUGACCAAUGAGACGCGCUGCCUCAACUGUGAGACGGUGAGCAGCAAAGAUGAGGACUUCCUGGAUCUGUCUGUGGACGUAGAGCAGAAUACAUCAAUAACACACUGUCUUAGGGACUUCAGUAACACAGAGACCUUGUGCAGUGAAUACAAAUACUACUGUGAGGCAUGCUGCAGCAAGCAGGAGGCCCAGAAACGGAUGCGGGUUAAGAAGUUGCCUAUGAUCCUGGCCCUGCACCUGAAACGGUUUAAGUACAUGGAGCAGCUGCACCGAUACACCAAGCUGUCGUAUCGCGUCGUCUUCCCUCUGGAGCUCCGCCUCUUCAACACCUCUGGAGACGCUACCAACCUCGAUCGCAUGUAUGACCUGGUCGCUGUGGUCGUCCACUGUGGCAGUGGACCCAACAGAGGACACUACAUCACCAUAGUGAAGAGUCACGGCUUCUGGCUGCUGUUUGAUGAUGAUAUCGUGGAGAAAAUCGAUGCCCAGGCCAUCGAGGAGUUCUAUGGGCUGACGUCGGACAUCUCAAAGAACUCGGAGUCUGGAUACAUCCUCUUCUACCAGUCCAGGGAGUAAAUGGAUUAAACACCCAGCCAACCAGAGACCGAUAGAGAGAACGAUGGGAACUUUGACCCUGACCCCUGAACCCUGUCUGAGAUGUGUGCCAACACCAUUCCCUAUCCCACGGCCUGCCCUGGGUCUGCCUGCACUUCAUUUCCCGUAACCCCCUUCCUUCCCUCCCUGCACUCAGCAUGCUGGGAGGACUCUGCCAACUGCGUUUUGCCCUUCAGCCACACGCAAAAAACAAAAAAAAAGUC